AUGGCCAAGACUCCGAAAGUGAAGAAGCGCGAAGUCUCCUUCCGCUCUCGCGCGGCUCGACGAGGCAUAUCCCCGCCUCCAAAGGACCUCGCGGUCAAAGCGCCGGUCAAAGAGACUGACUACAAGCCAUGGCUCCACAACACACAAACAGGCGGUAUCAGCAAGAAGACGAAGGUGAAGCAGCUUAGCCGCGGACAGAAGCUGCGACAGCAACGUGCGUUGGAGAAAGCGGACGCGACCGUCAAUAAACUGGAGCGCAAAGUGGCGGACAGCAAAGCGCGGAGUAAGAAGAUUCAGGCACGGGCGAAGGAUUGGAACGAGCUUAAUGGAAGGCCGGCAGCGAAGGGGGACGGGAAGGUUCAGAAGAUGGACGUUGACGCAGUAGAGGGCGGUGUUGCGGAACAGGAGUCGGAGGAAUCGAAGUUGACGGGUCUGCGGCAGCCUUUGCCGUCAACAGCGCUAGUCCAGGCUGAAGAACCUGAGAAGAUGGUGGAGGAGGUCGAUGAAGUUACAUGA